CCGCAUACCGAAAUACUUGCAGUUAAGGAACACAUCUUAAGCGUUUGCGUCUUUGCUGUGUUUAACUAAAGAAUUUAUGAUAAUGUAUUUUUUGUUUAUAACGAUUCUUUUAAUGUUCACAAUUUUAUGGUUUCGUUAUAUUUAUAAAUAUUUUAAAAAUAACUGUACAUGUGCUGUAUCUCUGUUGGGAAAAGUUGUGAUAAUUACUGGAGCCAAUUCAGGAAUUGGAUAUCAUGCGGCUUUGGAAAUAGCAGCCAAAGGAGGCCGAGUUAUAUUGGCCUGUCGCAACGAAGACAAGGGGUUGGCGGCUCGAGAUAGAAUCAUAACCGCCACUGGUAACUCCAAUGUUGUGUACAAACAUCUGGACUUGUCAGCGUUAGAUUCUGUGAGGAGGUUUGCAAAUGAUGUAAUCGCCACGGAAGAUCGUCUAGACGUGCUUAUAAAUAACGCAGGAAUGUAUGGCUCUCGCGUCAAGUACACAGAGGACGGAAUACUCGAAGGAUUUCAAGUGAACCAUUUUGGGCACUUUCUACUUACACUCCUUCUAUCGGAGCUACUUAAAAAGUCAAAACCUAGUAGGAUAAUAAAUGUUAGUUCAAUUCUACAUUAUACAAAACUGAAAACAUCAACAAAAUCGUAACAAACGAUCUCUUUACGUAUAUCAACAGUAAGCUUUGCAACAUCUUGUUCUCUGUUGAGUUUGCGAGACGAUUUCAAGGAAGUGGUGUGGUGUGUAACUCCCUUCAUCCGGGGAUGAUCGAUACAGAAAUUAGUGCUCAAGCGAACUUCUUCGUAAAAUGGGUAUUUAAGUUGACCUGCUGGAUGUGCUACAGAACUAUCGAAGAAGGCGUUCAAACUAUCAUACACCUUGCCGUAUCGAAAGAAUGUGAAAA